UCAGUGCGGUACCAAGCGCAGCGCGGCAGGGACGUUUUCUACGCUUCUUCCUAUUGAUUUCCUGAACACCGCGUUAUUGUGAUGUUUUUUAAACAAAAACAUGAUUAAUAGUGCAUCGUCGUUACACUAAUUUGGUCUAGAUUCGGUCGUGUUUCAGCUGUUUCUUGUUUUAAUGAGUUGUGCGUGAUUUUGAGCGACUCUUUUGGAUUAUUUUUCGGACAUCAAUAGAGCCUCAAACAAUGUCAUCUAAGAUCACGAACAGAAACAACAUUUAAACACGAACGAACGAACGACCAAACAUACUAUUAAUACUGUGUUCAUUGUUUAAAAUGAACGCGCCCUAAGAGAAAGAGACGGAGCUGGUUCUCUAAAUAGCGCGUUCGGAAAUAGAAAAAAAAUGGCCUCAGUUGGUGGCGGGACGGCGGCGGGCAUAGAGCGCUCGUGGUGGACGACAACAUGGAGUGCCAUGGCUGACCUUGCCGAGGCGGUCGACGAUCUGAUAUGCAGCUUCGAUUAUAUGGACACAGCCAUGGAUAACCUAGUCAUGCUUAUCUUCAUCUGGCUACUCUUCUCCAUAGUUCUUCUCGGCAUAGCCAAAUGGGCAUACGGCCGCUACAAACCGAAAGCUGUUGAACCAGAAAAGCCGAAGGAAGAACCGAAAACAGCUAAAUCUACGGCCACUGAGAUCGUUAACAGCGCUGAUGCGGUGUUGGCGACUACUGCUAAAGUUAAAAGUGCUGCGUUUAACUCGUUCAAGCCUAAGCCUAGUGGGUUUGUGCCAGCAACGCCUCCCAACAAGCGUCGUCUAGGACGCAUGUCACCAGGGCCCGAGGCUUUGCACAAGAAGCACCAAAGCAUCAUAGUACCGACGUGCACGGGCCCGGACCCGCCGAGCGUGCAGUGGGUGAACGACUUGUUGACGUGGUUAUAUAAUGAUCUGGUUAUUGUGAACGAACUAGUGCAGCAAUGGAUUGUGUCCAUGAACGAGUUCUCCAAAAAGUCCGUGGAGGAGCAAGGCAUCGGAGUGGAGCUGGUGCGCGCGCUGGACAGCAACCCGCCCAGCGUGUCCAACGUCUUCUGCGAGUGCGACUCCAAAGACGACGUGACCAUCACGUGUGACUGUGAGGCAACGCCGGCGUUCCAACUCAAAGCCUUCAGUCAGCGAGGGGAGAAGGUGGAAGUGUCCCACUACCGGGUCAAUGUGAAUAGGUUCCGCGCUCGCCUCAACAUAGUCUGUAUAACAGAGAAGUUGACGGGGGAACUGCGAUGCGACGGUUGGCCAGAGGUCAAAGUGGCGCUGGCCCCCGUUGGACCUCUGAAGACGUCCUCCAACGAGGCAAACCUACAGCAACUAGUCAGUGACAUCGUGGUGAAUGCGCUCCGAAGCACGCAACUGUCGUUUAAUUUAUCGCACUACCCCACGUGUCCGCGGCUGAGGAGACACUUUGAUACGUCGCCGCGGCUGCCCCUCCACUAUGAUUCCAUGUUGUCACACGACCGGAUGUACGCGUCGACGCCGACGUCGGCGUCCUUAUCCAACGUGCAUUUCGGCGAGAAGAGGCUGCUCGUCAAGGUCGUCGGCGCUAAGGACUUGGGAGGCAAGGCCGGUUGCAGUGCACCAUACUGCGUGGUUGAGAUGGAUGAGCCCCCGCAGAAGAACCAGACCGCCUUUAAGAAGGACACUAACCAACCGCAGUGGGAGGAACACUUCCUAUUCGAUCUGUCACCACAAACCGCGGAGCUGCUAUUCGAAGUGUAUGACCGCACAGGCCCGCCUUCCCCCGGCGGGGGCCCCUCCACACACAGGUUCCUUGGACUGGGUUUGGUGGGUAUAGACGAGCUGCUGGCGGCACCUUCGCAGCGACAACAAAUCGCGCUGCAGACACGCCCUAUGGAAGAACACGACAUUUCGGGCACACUCACUGUUGAGUUCCUAUUCAUCGAGGGUGCCGACAUACCAGACCUCGGCUCUCGACCCGUAAAGAUUAAAGAAUCCCUACGUACGAUGUCGCCGCAGGGACACCUUACCACCACCACCAAGACGAUAUUCAAACAGAACGGGCACGAAAACUCGGCACUAACAGAGUCGGCGCUGCGAGAGUUGGAGCUGAGCCCCACUAGCGCCGCCAACAAGUCCACCCUCAUCAUACACUCCGUGCAACGGGAGCCAAAGAAGUCGAUCAAGGUCGAACUAACCGACUCCGGUAAAUUCAUCGAAGUGGAUCGCGAAGACACCCUCAACAGCGUAGACUCAGACCUCACCAGCACCAUGGAAAGCAUAGACGAGAACAGAACAGAACAGCACGUGUCGCCGAAUUCUUCGCCGGCGAGGCAAGUUCGGAUUAAGGAGAAUGGUGCUAAGACAAAUGGAGACACGGAGCAAGGAGACUACGUCAAGAAACCAGAGGACGCACCACCAGAACCUGCACCGCGGCAGAAGAGAAGGAGAGACUUCUUCGGAACUAUUAAAAGAAGGCUGGGCCGGUCGCGCACGCGCGGCACGUCGCUGGAUCUGCCGAGCGACAGCGACGUCGACCAGAGCCGCGUGCGCAGCAUCAGCGCCGAGAGAAACCACCAAGAUAAAGCCCUGUCCGUCCCCAAUAGAAACGUGUAUUCGGCGGGCGCGUCACCAGCGCAAUCUGGCGACGAGUCGAGGACAUCUAGAAGAUCCUCCCUCAGCGAGAUGUCCGGGUUCAGCACGGCGUCGGCGCGCACGUUCGUGCACGAGGCGUCCACGUUGGUGCUAGAAACGCUGGAGGCGGGCAUCAGGAAGCACUACCUGGUGCCGCUGGCCGUGGCCCAGCGGUCGAGGUGGCGGCGGAAGGGCGUCAAGCUACACAUUUACAACGAGCACACGUUCAUCGCUAAGCAUUUGAGCGGCGGCGCGACGUGCGAAAUCUGCCAGAAGACAAUCGCGCGGCGGCUCGGCAAGCAGGGCUAUGAGUGCCGCGACUGCGCGCUCAAGUGCCACAAGCACUGCCACGUCAAGGCCGCCACCUCCUGCCCUUCGUCCUCCGUGCAGAAUAUGGAGCUGUCCCAUUCCCAUAGCUUUGGAAACGGAAGAUCCAUGCUCCCAGUGCUAAACGAAUAGCAAGCCGUGAGAAGACUGCAAGAAAACAGAAUUUUAUAGACCAAGCAAUUUCCACUAAGGUUUAAACUAGGCUUACAUCUCAUCUCCGUACACCGACAAGAAUAUAAGGAUGUUGUGAUUUUUCAGACUAUAUUAAAACGCUUCGAUGCACAAAGCAUUAAGUUUUACCAACAAAUACUUAUUUUAAUCUGUCUGUUUUAAACCUGUCGAC